GAGGAGGAGGGAACCGGAGCAGGAAGGAAGACGGACAGGCAGGCAGUGAAUGCUAACAAGCUCCACUCUAACCGUUAGGCUCGGGUUUGACUAAACGUAUGGGAUUGAAAAGGACCGACGAACGCUAAUUGAGUCUUAAUAUGCGCCAGCGCUACGUUCGCCCUGUGCGCGUGCAGCAGCCUCGCGGCCGUCGGCACCUUUGAUCUGUAAAAACCGUCUUUUUUUCUCCCGCUGAGUGAAAUGUGUCGAGGCUGCUCGGGAUUCACGUUCUGACAAUGGAGAUUGAAAAUAUCGUGGCCAACACGGUUCUCCUGAAGGCGAGGGAAGGCGGGGGAGGCAAGAGGAAUGGACGCAGCAAGAAAUGGAAGGAGAUGCUUAAACUCCCACACAUCAGCCAAUGCGAGGAGCUUCGCCGCGCUAUCGAGAGGGACUUCACCAGUCUAUGUGAGAAGCAGCCCAUCGGUCGGCUGUUAUUCCGUCAGUACUGUGACACCAGGCCAGAGCUGAAGCGCUGCAUUGACUUCAUGGAUGCUGUGGUAAGAGCCAUGUACCAGCUAGCUCCCGACGAGAAGAGGAGGGACUGUGGACUGAAUGUAUUAGACACAUACUUUAAUAAUGGGUCGGCAGCACACCUGCCUGACAUUCCCCAGGAUUUUAUCGCUCGGUGCCGGGAGAGUCUGGAGCAGAGUCCCUGUAAGGAGCUUUUCAAUGACUGCACCAAAAUAGUUCGUGAUUAUCUGAGUGGAGCUCCAUUUUCUUCCUACCAGGAGUCCAUGUACUUUUCUCGCUUCCUGCAGUGGAAAUGGUUGGAAAGGCAACCUGUAACCAAAAAUACCUUCAGGCAUUACAGAGUACUAGGAAAAGGUGGAUUUGGCGAGGUUUGUGCCUGCCAAGUACGUGCCACCGGUAAGAUGUACGCCUGUAAAAAGUUGGAAAAGAAACGGGUGAAGAAAAGAAAAGGUGAAGCAAUGGCACUAAACGAAAAACGCAUUUUAGAAAAAGUUAACAGUAGUUUUGUAGUUAGUCUAGCUUAUGCCUAUGAGACCAAGGAUGCGCUGUGCCUGGUCUUAACCUUAAUGAAUGGUGGUGACUUAAAGUUCCACAUCUACAACAUGGGAAACUCUGGCUUUGACGAGCAAAGGGCCAUCUUCUACGCUGCUGAGAUCUGCUGUGGCCUUGAGGAUCUGCACCGUGAGAGGAUAGUCUACAGAGAUUUGAAGCCUGAAAACAUCCUUCUGGAUGAUCGUGGGCACAUUCGGAUCUCAGACUUAGGCCUCGCUGUUCAAAUCCCUGAAGGAGAGACGAUACGAGGGCGAGUGGGCACAGUUGGAUAUAUGGCUCCCGAGGUGAUCCAGAACGAGAGCUACACCUUCAGCCCGGACUGGUGGGGUCUGGGCUGUCUGAUUUUCGAGAUGAUCCAGGGCCAGUCGCCCUUCCGGAAACGCAAGGAGCGAGUCAAGCGAGAGGAGGUGGACAGACGAGUGCGUGAGGACCAGGAGGAGUACUCGGAUAAGUUCUCUGAGGAUGCGAAGGACAUCUGCAGGCAGCUCCUGGCCAAGGACCCCAAGGAGAGGCCGGGUUGUCGGGGUUGUGGGGGCACUGAGGUCAAGCAGCACCCCAUCUUCAGAAACAUCAACUUCAAACGGCUGGAGGCCAACAUGUUGGACCCUCCUUUCAUACCAGAUCCUCGAGCCGUGUACUGUAAAGACGUCCUGGACAUCGAGCAGUUCUCCACCGUCAAAGGAGUGAACCUCGACCCCACUGACGACGACUUCUACUUAAAGUUUGUCACAGGCAGUGUCUCCAUCCCGUGGCAGAAUGAGAUGAUUGAGAUGGAGUGCUUUAAAGAAAUCAAUAUCUAUGAGACAGACGGGAUGCUGUGCCCAGACCUGGACGUGAACCGGCCCAACCCUCCACCAAAGCGGGGGUUCUUCUACCGCUUGUUCAGAAGAGAGGCAAGUGCUAGCGCUCCGGCAACUGUCCGUGGGGGUGGGGGCUAAGGUCUGUCUUAAGAGCGGUUAUAGUGACGACGAGACUGAAGAGCCCUCACGACUUUAAACCACUCCGUCCCUCCACCCGCACCCCUCCGCCGCAGAGCUUCACCACAAUCUCCAACUGAGCGCGAGAAUCUUAGGAACUCAGUGAAUGUCGACCUGUAUUUAUGAGCUGUAUUAAAAGUGUAUCAUAGCUAAAGAAAAAAGUAUGACUUUAAAGAUUUUGUACAUUUGUACUUGAAUUUAUGUCUAGAUGUAUAUUUUCACUAAAGGUUGUAUUGUACAAAAAGCCAUAAAAGUACCACUUGAAUGCAUACAUUACCUUUUUAUUUCCUUUUGAUUUAUUUCUAUUUUUAUUUGGAAUGAGUAUGAAUAAUGUUCAUUAGGCGGUUUCUUUUCAGCACACUACCAUUAGUCUUUAUUUUUCACAAUGUAGCAGAAGGCCUUUGUUAUAUGUGCUUCAUGUUUGCCAUUAACUUGAUGUUUUUUAGCACAUUAGCUUCACUUUAUGCCAAACUAACUUUUAGCCGCCAAACGCUAGAAGUUGCAGGCGGAUCCAAUCUAGGCCAAAGGGACACAGUAGGAACUUAAUCCAAUUGUUCUUCGCUGUUAAUGCCCUGAUGCUUGAGCUUUUUUCGGGAGUCUAAUAUCUGCAGCAGCGCGUCUUUUUAAGCCAUGUAUUCAAUUCGUAUGACAGGUUAGGAUGAACCAGAUGGGAAUGAGGGCAGACUAAUUUGUGGUGCCUCUUCCAAGGCGUUUCAGGCAAAGAUUGCUUUUCCUGCAUGUAUUUAUUUCUGAGAAUCUGUGCUUCAGUUAAGUAUUAAUAAAACACAGAGAAAACAUCUAAAUCUGCAAUCACUGCUGGAAUUUCAAAAAAUCUUCCCUGAGCUGCAGCAGGUUCAAAUCGUAAAUCUAAUCACGUCCAACAGCGUUUCCAGCAGGAAAAUGCCUGCUAGUUACACAUCUGUUACAAUUUAUGUUCACGCUGAUUAUUUGGUGAAGAUUUAUGCUUCUCCCCCCCUUUUUUUUUUACUGCAGUACUGAGCUUUUACAUCCUGUUCUGUUGAUCAGUUGAAUCAAAGUGGAAACAGUUUCCUUUGAAAUCUUAGUAAUUUGCUGCCCUUAUUUUUGGAAUAAAAGAAAGCCUCCGAGUUUGUGGAAAACUUUGAGAUUCAUUUUGUUAGUUCUGCUGCUAUGAGUCUCAUUUAGACCUCAAAGAAUGUUUUUGAAUAAAAGUGACUUUGAUUCAUAAGUCCGUACUUUGUGUUAAGUGAUUCCAGCCAGUUAGUUCCAGCCUUUUUGCUCCUUGUUGAUAGCACAAUAUUUUACAUUUACUUCAUAUUGGUAAGCGCUGUGUUUGUGAUAAAGAUAUAAUUUAACAGCAACAAUUCCUAAGUUAAAUGGUUCCAUUAUCAUGUGCUUCUCAAUCAUAGGAAUGGCUUAAGGGAGUUGCUUUCAAAGGGCAAAAUAAGUAUUGAAAACAUUUUUCUCAGUAAAUCUAUUUCUAAUGGGCCUAUUGACAUUAAAAUUCACAACCGAUGUAAUCUGCACAUUGAAAGAAAUCAAAGUAAGUUACUGCAUAAAUUUGAUGUGUCAUGGAUUGCUUAGAUGCUAUUUUGACUUGUUCUACACAAACUUUGUUCAUAUCUUGGUCGUUCUGCAUUCCUGGCUUCAGUUCCUCCCCUAGAUUUUCAGAUAGAUUCAAGCUGUCUUGGCCAUAUUAGCAGCUUUGGUUUCUUUUUUCCUUGGCUCUCUGUUUUGGAUCAUUGUCUUGCUGAAAAUCCCACGCAUUCUUUGUCUUCAGAUUCAUUCAAAUUACAUUCUUGCAUACAUUCUUCCUUCAAUUACAUGAAGCCUGCCACUAAAAUUGGCUGAAAAACCAUGAUUUAUUUCUUCAACUUCACGGUUGGUGUGUUGUGUUUAAAGUGGUCGUCUGUGCCAUUUUUCCUUCUGUUUAAUUUUGGUCCCAUCUGACCAGUCUCCAUUUUCCCAGAAUUUUACUGGCUUGUCCACUCUAAACAAGCUUUAAUGUGCAUUUCCUUCUGCAGUGGAGUCUGGCGCAGCGAGUGCUGCUGAGUUACAUUACCUUUGUCUAAAUGGCAAAACUAUGCCUGCUCAUUUCAGGUCUUUCAGAAGCUCUCAGUGAGUGGUCCCUGACUCUUAGACAACUUUUCUGAUUAUUCCUUUGACUCCUCUGUCAGACAUCUUGCGAAGAGGACCUGGUCCUGGCUGGUUUAUAGUGAAAUUAUAUUCUUCCCACUUCUGGAUUAUGACCCCAGCGUUACUCAGAGGUUAGAAUUAAUUCUGUAACCCGUGUUAUCAGUGUGUUUUGCAAAGUCUUUGAGGGUGCUCUUCAUUUUUACGCAUAAUGUGCUUCUUGUGUGACAUGGUCACAAGAAACCUUUUUGUAGAGAGACCUAAACCAGCUGAUAUUCUUGGAUUUCUAUUCCUUUUUUUGUCGAGUAAUUUGUUUUAACGUCACUGUAUGUGUGGAUUACUUGAGUUGUUACCGAUAUCUGUUGAAAAAUUUAAUGUCAGUGUUCCCAUUAGAAAUAUAUUUCUUAGGAAAAAAAAGUUUGACGUGCUGAAAAGUCAUUUUCCCCACUGUACAGGAGAAAUUACUGCCACGGUGUCCAACAGGUUUUAAGACAUCAUGAUUCUUUUGCUCUUCUCUAUAAAUGAAAGAAGUGUUUUCCAAGUAAACCAGUCAAGCUUUUUUCCCUGUACAUUUUUAUUUUGUUCAUUUCUAGAUUUUGUUCUAGAGGCAGAUGCUGUUUACUCCGCCUUGCAUCCCAACACCUGUUUUUAAUGCUGUGAAUACCCUCACCUCGACAUGAUAGCUGCGCGCUUGUGUAUAUUUCACCGUUUGCUAAUGCAGCUUUGCUCCACCUUGUGAAUUAGACUUCAUUAGCUCUACUUUUGUACAGCUCAGUGACUUUAAAGAGGAAUUUUAAUCACUUGACAGAUGUCUGUAUUCAGUCAGUGCGUUAUGUUGAAAUUAUUUUUUAACUCAAACAUGCCCCAGGACACAUUCAGACUUCAAGGCUGCAUACCUUUGAGUCCCCAGUCUAAUAAACCAACGUGUUCCAAAAGCUUAUCUUUUGUCCAGAAAUGAGAUGUGAACAUCUGGCAGUUUCUCACUUAUUGUUUUCUGAAUUUCUUUUUUUUUUUUUUAAAGAAAACUGUAAUUUGUUUAGCUCUCAGGCACAUUUUGACUCUGGUUUUAUUCAUGUAGAUUUUAGCUGUUUAGCUCUUUAGCCUCAAAACAAACUUGUAAAUUCUGUAUUUCUAACAUGUAACUAAAACUCCAAGGUGAAAACUUCCAUUGCCCAUGCCUGUGUCUUUGUUUUGAAGGUAUUUGUCAGAUCCAUUGCACUAUAUAUGUUUUGACAAGAUACCAAAAGCAACCUCCUCCAGAUUAAACAUUUUCCUUUCUUGAAGAAUUUACUCGAGGAUUAACCAACAGCCUUUAUUAAAUGUGCCAAUUAAGUUAGUUUCUGACAUCCUGCCUUCUUAUUUUUUACCUCAUUUACCACCCAUACACUAAAAUUUCUUCAUAUACAUAUAAAAAAAAUCAUAAAAACCUAAAUCAGUUCAACUGUUUUGAAUGUCUGCACUAAGUGCAUUGUAAUUGCCUGUUUUAAAAAAAGACUUAUGUUUUAUUACUCAAGCAUGUAUCGAUUUGUAAUACUUCAGGAUCCUUCUAUAUGUAAAUGAUGACCUUCUUGUGCCAACAUAUGUCGCUGGUUAUCAGAGGACGGAUUUGUGAAUGGCUGGGAGUGACCAGUGGAGUUGGCCUGUUUUGGAUAGCAAAUGUUCCUGGUUUGUUCCUGCCUUUCUGUCAGAGUGGGGAUAGUGGGUUAAAACUGGGAUGGGGCUCGCUAGCAAACACAAAGUGGAAAAUCUCUUAGCGCAAAAAACAUGGGUUAAUAAUCAGAUUAACAGUAAAAGCAGGAUGAACAAAUACAUUUUUGGUAUUCAAACAGGGAAUUGAUUUAUUUUUUCCAUGUUCAGUCUGUACAGUCAUGUCAUUCAACCACUGCAGUCAUUGUUAAUUCUUGUACAAGUUGUAUCACUGGUUGUUGUACCAUAUCUGACAUUUGUAAUUAUGAAAUAAUACACUGCCAUUUGUAUUAAAAGAGCUGUCUUAACUUG